CAACAACGGCCGGCGUUUCAACACGAAUCGGUGGAGCGCAGCGAUCCGAUGGCCGUCGCAGCGCCCAGCGACAUUGACAUCGCGGUGCUCACCAAGGAACUCGAGAUUGCGUUUGCAGAGCAGCUCGUCAAGUGCAUGGCGGUGGUUCAAAACGAAUUUGACGCUGAGCGUGCGACGAUGCUCCAAGUACAAGCACGCAGCUAUGAGCACCUGCAUGCAACCUUGGAUAUCAAGCUAGCGACAUGGCAGCGCGAUAUGGAGGCUCGGGUUGAUGCCAAACUCGCGGACUUUCUGCGUGCCCUCACGCAAGCCCACCAUGACAAGAUGGACGAGGAAAUACGGUCGCCCAGUGUGGUCAGUGACGCGCCAUCGUCGACGAUGGAGAGCGUCGAAUUGGACCAUCUCUUGUGUCUCUCGGACGGCGAAGGAUCUCAACCUGUCGACGAUGUAUGCAGCGAGAGGGACGACGACAAUUCGCCGCGACGUUUUGCGUCGUCUCGGCGCUCAUCAGUAGCGUUUGGCUCAUCGAACAGCAUGCACGAAGUGGCGAUAGCCUCGCUGCAUCCUCAGCACGAAGAGCACAAGAACGGCGUUGUAGAGGAGCUUUCCGAGGCGCCAUCCAACCUCUCAUCGACGCCAACAACCACUGCACUCGUGACGGAAUUGUCAGCGCUUGGUCCAACAGCUCUUGUCCAACCUCUGGAAGAGACAAUAGUCGCUACCCCGCCCACCGCGCUCGAAUUGAUGCCGCAAUGCAAUGCGUCCGAGGUCUCUGCGCCACAGCAUCCUCUUGGUGGCGAAGAAAGCACGAUCUUGUCCUUAGCUGCAGACGCGGAGGUCUUGACCAAUGACGCAGCGUCGGUCAUAGUCGACGGCGUCGACGCGCCGACGGCUAUCGAACUGCACGUGACCGCCCAUGUCUUGCAAAUGCUACAUGCGUAUCCACAAGUGUCGGUCACCGACUGCCUCACAGGUGUCACUUUGUCCUCUCGGAGCGAGAUCGCGGCACACGUUUCCGCGCUUGCCCAUGGCCUCGAAUGCAUCGGGUUUGGUUGCUAUGACAGUCUCUUGGUGCUAAGUGCAUCGCCGCUACGCACACUCUGCCUCGUGCUUGCAGCUUGGAUGGUCGGUGGUCGUGUCGAGUUUUGGCUCUCAGGGCAACUUGCUUUACCGCCACAAACGAGUGCGCUGCGCCCAACGUAUGCCUGCGUCGAUCACAUGGAAGAGGGUGUCCACAUCAAAGUCCUUUUACCGUCCAUCAAGGUGAUCUCAUUGCGAGACAACGUCGCCAAGGCGGACUUUACCUACGCGAACUUGGUACAGCCGACGAUGAUGGCAACCCAUGGCCGGCCGCCUUGUCUGUCGUUGGACAUUGCGAUCGUUUUGCAUACACACGACGCCAUCACGCAAGCUUGGAACGUCCACGAACAAAGCCACAAGGACGUCAUCGAAGGCCUUGACGCGACUGCCGCGCACUGUGCUACGCUGCUCUGUCUCUCGAUGCAAACGCCGAUUGGACUGUUCGUCGGCGCGCUCUCGUCGCUCGUGCAAGGCAGCCGCCUUUGUCUUCUCGAGUCCACAAGUGUCUCUGGGCCCGUCCUCUCCAAGUUGCUCUUGCUCCACCAGCCCAAACGUCUUGUGCUGAGUAGUAUGCACGUGAUGCAUUUGGCCAAGGUCGGCGAAGCCAUUGCUUGCGUCGACGUCGUCGACUGUGUUGGGACGUCAGUGCCGACGCUGCCCCGCGCGCUUCGAAGCCUCCACACGGCAAGCAGCAAAUUUCAGCCCUGCCUACGCUUUCGCCGCGUCUUUUGCGGGCCCACAAGCAUCUACACGGCGUCCGACCCGAUGCUGCUGCCGAUUGCAGCUCCCCUAGUGCAUUCAGUCGGGUUGCCAGUGUCGUCGUUGAUCGUCCUUCGCAUCCAAAGCAUGACCACGGACGAAGUCCUUGGACCAAAACAGGUCGGUGAAAUGUGCGUCGGUGCGGACGAUGGCCAACGUCUCGGUGUCCUUGCCUACGUCGAUGCAGCACAGCAGCUGCACCUCAUCGGAUCCAAAGACGGCAUCCUCAAGCUCGGCGCCGAAGCGACAACUGCACUCGAGAUUGAAGAAGUCGUCGCUUCGCAUCCCCUUGUCGAAGACGCCGUCGUUACGUGCAGAGACGGCCAGCGCCUUGUCGCAUACGUCAAGCUGGCCGCGGCCACGCUAACAUACUCGGCGGACGCUCUUCGCAGCAUCCACGCCUAUGCGUGCAAGCAGAUACCAACGCCCAAGCAGUUUCAUCGCCUUGUGGCUGUCGACAACAUUCCGCGCGAUGUCAUGGGCCACGCGUACCGAGCGCUUGUCCUCGACGACGCCAACGCCCUCCAGCAUCUCGAUGCCACACAACGUUAAGGUUUUCAUAAAAGCAAUCGCGAUAUAUGCAGGGUACGCAAAACUUGAACGAAGAUGCAUUCUGUAUGUAGUUAGCAGCUAUAUCGAUGAACGACAGGUUGACUGAUGGCUCAA